ACAAGCCGCCAUUUUGUUUGUGCGGACAGAAACAGGAGGAGAUAACCGAGAGAAGGAGCGACUCCGGCAACCGAGGUCUGCCGCUCCGGGAACCGCCGGUGGAGGAAAGCGCGGCGAGAUCCCGUCCGUGUUACCGGGGAGAGCGAAGAAGCAUCGCCGAGGAGAAAGAUAAAGAAGACGGCGGCGGAGCGAAAAGCCAGCGGGUGAUAAAUAAAUAUCUGUAUCUACAUGAAUGUCUGCAUGAGAAGGAAAUACUCCGAGAAAACCGAGGAAGGGGGUGUUUUUGCGGAGAGGGGAGGCGGAAGAGAGCCGUGUGUUAGAACCAGGAAAAACCUGCGGGAAACAGCAACAUGAAAAAUCAUUAUGUGUCCGUGGCGGAGGAAGGAAAGAGUCCGCAUAGACAAUUAUAUAAAUAAAUUGCUGCCGGGCAGGAGGGAGAGGUGGAAAGAAAGACGGGUUUAAAGAGAAGGGGGGCAAUCUCCAUCACAAAGAGUCAACCCGAGGAUUUGGAGAUAUUUUCCGGGGGUGUCAACAUCAUCGUGCCGAUCUGGAGCUUUCCGCUUCCGAAACAGCCAUCACCUCUCACCGCCUCAUUUUAUCACGUUUUCUCGCCUCCGCCGCGCUCCUGUUUUUUUUUUUAUUACGCGCUUUUCUGUUCCUCUUCGCCUGCACGAACAAGACAUCCAGCGACCGACAAGUAUAUAUACACGUUUGUUGGUGUAUCGGAAGGCGGAUAUUUAACAGUUUUAAAAAAAAAUAAUAUCUGGGAGUUUUUACAUCGAGGAGGAGGAACCUCAUCUGGAGCCCAGGAGACCCCCACACAACGUCCUCUGCAAAAUACAACUAAUUGGAUCAAUCUGACUGGCCUGAUUGGCAAUUAGCGUUGAUUUUUUUUCCCUGCAUCGAAGAGAUAAAGUGCAUCGACUGCACAAGAGCAGUGAUUUCUUUUUUUUUUCUUCAAGAUUUUCUAUUUUCAACCCCCGCUGACUGCAAAAGGGGUUGCAACAACCAAAUGUGCAAUACCAGUCUGUUCUCCCUGACCCAGUGCCUUGCAUGGUCAAACACUAAGUGCACAUUCUAGUCUGCAUGCACAUGCAAAAGAAAACUCCGCGUUUGGGAGUAGACAUCUGCAAUAGAUGCUCUUUUUAUCCGAGUGAUUGCAAAGCGUGGGACUCCGCUGUUUUUCCCCCCAUCUAUCUGCCAAACCAAUGCAAUUAGUUGUUUCUCGGUGUUUCACUUGAAAACACCACUUACACUUGAACUGUAUUCUAACUGUGGUCUCCUCCACACAGAACGACUGCCUUCUUGGUUUGGGGACAUAAAGGAAUCGGUGGCAGUGAGAUGCCUGCUCAGGUGAGAGAGAAAUGCUCACCGCGGAUCUCAUAACUGUUGCAUGAGAUAUCUGCUACCAGAAGUUCACACGGGACAACUCCUGGGGUUUUUUUUGGGGGGGGGGUCACAGUUUCCAUUUUGCACCGACACACUUCUGGAGCGUUUCAGGUGUGAAGUAGAGGGUUUCUCCGCCGACGAUGGCGGGCAGGACUGCGUGCGCCAUGGAGGACGGAUCUUGGGACAGUCUAGUGUCGUAGAGGAGGCUACAUGAGGUUGUCAGAGGGCCGCACGCUUGCCUUUUUGCCGACUCCACGUUCCCACCUCCUCCUCCUCCUCAAAUCUGUGAAGAAACGAAAUCUCCGACAGGGGAGGGGGACUGAUCUCUGCAUAGAGGAAUAAACCGAAAGGGAAGGAGUCCAGUCCCGCUGUCUUCUCCCCUACCGUCCCCCGAGCGGUGGGGGAACGAUCAGAAGAUUUUUCUUAAGGGCACAAGGAGACGCAAAUUAGGGAAAUACGUUUGCCCUCCGUGGACCUUCUGCAUUUUUAAUUCGUCAAAAAUAUGGCCGAUAAUGUCCUGGAUUCCGGCCCGCCUUCAGCUAAGAGGCCCAAGCUGUCCUCUCCAGCUCUCUCGGUGUCUGCGAGUGAUGGAAACGAUUUUGGCUCAUUCUUUGACCUGGAGCACGACCUCCCAGAUGAGCUAAUAAGUUCCUCGGACCUGGGUCUGACCAACGGAGGGGAUGCCAGCCAACUCCAUACCACUCUCGGAGGUAUCGGAGGUAUUGGUUUGGGAGGAGGCCAGGAUGCAGCUGCCAAACACAAACAGCUGUCUGAACUCUUGCGCGCUGGAGCCCCAGCACAGCAGGGUGGCCCUGCUUCCAACAGCACAGCACCUGGGGCUUCGAUGGGGAUGAUGGGGGUUGUCAGCGUUUCCCCUGGUGGACCUCAAGCCAUGCCCCCCCACGGCCAGCAGCAGCAGCAACCUGGAUUAAUGCAGCAGGUUGGGAUGGUUGGAGGUAUGGCAGCUCUCAAUCGAGCAGCUUCCAUGAUGGGUAACCAGAAGGGUAACACUGGACAGCAGGGGCUGAUGGGGGGGCAGGUGAUGAAUGGCUCACCGAGAAUGGGUUACCCUGGCAAUGCAGGCAUGGGUAACAGUAGUAACCUGUUGGCGGAAACCCUGCAGCAGCAGCCAAUGGGACCAGGAGGUCAAGCAGGGAUGAGACCACAGCAACCUGGAGCACUGAACAAGAUGAGUAUGAUGGCCAACGCGGGCCCCUAUGGUGGUCCGUACGGCCAAUCUGCUGGCCAGGGGCUGCCUGGAGCAGGGCUGGGCCCGCAGCUCCAGAAUAAGGCAGGUCUGCCCAACAAUAUGGCCAAUCAGUUCAACAUGGACAAGAAGGUGCCUCCGGGUCAAGGCAUGCCUGGAAUGCCCUCUCAGCAGCAGCAACCUGGAGCGGUUGGCGGCGUAUCUGUCGGUGGAGCAGCAGCAGUGGGGGGGCCGCAGGUUGGGCUCAAUGUCGUAGGGGCAGGUCCCGGCACAGCGCCCCCUACUGCAGACCCUGAGAAGCGGAAGCUAAUUCAACAGCAGCUGGUGCUCUUGCUCCACGCGCACAAGUGCCAGCGGAGGGAGCAAGCCAACGGCGAAGUACGACAGUGCAACCUGCCACACUGCCGCACCAUGAAGAAUGUGCUGAACCACAUGACUCAUUGCCAGGCUGGCAAGUCCUGCCAGGUGGCACACUGUGCCUCAUCCAGACAGAUCAUCUCUCAUUGGAAGAAUUGCACACGACAUGACUGUCCUGUAUGCCUGCCACUGAAAAACGCUGGAGACAAGAGGAACCAGCAGUCUCUCCUCAACAGUGCAGGGGUGGGUUUGGUGAACUCUUUAGGGUCAGGGGUACCAGGUGGACAGUCCAACACGCCCAGUCUGAACCCCCCCAACCAGAUUGACCCCAGCUCCAUUGAGAGGGCCUAUGCUGCGCUGGGUCUCACUUACCAGGGAAACCAGAUGCCACAGCAGCAACAGACCAAUAUGCCAAACCAAGGGCUGCAGGGGCAACCUGGAAUGAGGACUCUAAACACCAUGGGAGGAAACUCUAUGGGAGUGAAUGGUGGAGUGGGAGUGCAGUCCCCGAACCAGCAGUCUACACUACUGCCAGACGCCAUGUUGCACAACAGCAUGAAUGUACAGAGUUUGAUGAAUGAUAGUGUGGGGAACCUGGGAUCCAUGCCCACAGCAACUCCUCCUUCUGCUGCAGGCAUGAGGAAGUCCUGGCAUGAGGACAUCACACAGGACCUCCGUAACCACCUUGUCCACAAGCUCAGUGUACAGGCCAUCUUCCCUACUCCUGACCCAGCUGCACUGAAGGAUCGGCGGAUGGAGAAUCUGGUGGCUUACGCUCGAAAAGUAGAGGGUGACAUGUAUGAGUCAGCCAAUAGUAGGGCGGAGUACUACCACCUGCUGGCAGAGAAGAUCUACAAGAUCCAAAAGGAGCUGGAGGAAAAGAGGAAGACGCGGCUCCAGAAGCAGGGCAUGAUGCCCGGCCAACCUGGAAUAGGCUCCCCAGGCCUCCCACAGGGGCCUCCAAGCAUGGGACAGCCGCCCAUGAUCCCGGGGCAACCCCCAAAUGGUCCUCACAUCGAUCCGUCCAUGGUCCGACCAGCCGGACCCAAUCAGAUGGUCAGCAGGAUGCAGAACCCAGCAGGAAUGAACCAGUUUGGUCAGAUGGGGAUGCAGUCGAUGGGUCAGAGGUCGACCCCUCCUCUUCCUCUUAAUUCUCCAAUGAAUCAGAUGGGUAUGGGUGCACCAAGAAUGAACCAGCCCAAUGCCACACAGUUACAGAACCAGUACCUCCCCCAAGGCCAGUUUCCUGGGUCCAGUCCUGGACUUGGUUCUGGUCCUGGUGGCAUGAACCAGCCCGGGCCACAGACUACAGUGCCACAGCAGAACCAGAUGUCAACGCCGCCUUCCCUCCCAGCCAGUAGUCCUGCACCACAGUCUGCCUCUUCUGCUCCAGGCUCUGGGACCCCUGGAGGCUCCAUGGGGCCUGGAAGUGCCACCGGUGCUGGGCCUCUACCCAGCCUGCCGCCAUCCUCCACCCCCACCCAGCCCAACUCCUACCCGCACUGCCCGUCCAUCCGAACAAACUCACCAUCACCAGCUCGCAGCUUAACGCCUCAACCUCAUCAAACCCCCCCCACGUUACCUGGUUCUCAAACCCCACAGCCACAUACUCCUAGCACACCUCAGCUACCACCUCAGCAGCACCCCCAGCAGCAGCAGCAGCAACAACAACAGCAGCAGCAGCAGCAGCAGCAGCAGCAGCAGCAGCCUGAGAAGGCCGGUCAGCAGACGCUUGGGGGUGUGGGGGCUUCCUCAGGCCCCCAAUCAGGUCAGGCUUCUUCAGUGCCUAACCAGAAUGCUCAUGUGCCACCACAGCUGCCCAAGACCCCACUGUCAGCGAAGCCUUCUCUGACAGCAGAGGUAUCCUCCCCAGCCUCGGUCAACAGCAGCACUGAUGCCAGCUCCCAGCCAGCACCAUCAAAUGGCCCUGCUGCCAGCCAGGAAGAUGUUAAAAUGGAUGUGAAGAAGCAGGAGGAGGAUGAUGAUGGGACUGACUCACAAGGAGAGGGCAAAGGGAAGAUGGGAAAGGGUCAGCCUGACGUGAAGACAGAGGAGAAACCUGAAAUAAAGAAAGAGAAGCUGUCGUCAGAUGGGUGUAAAGGGGAGCCCAUGGAUACAUCUUCAUUCUCGACGACAUCGUCGGUAGCAACAGGUGAAGACAAGAAGCCGGAGGUGAAGAAGGAGCCCAAAGAGGAAGAGGAGGGGUCAGGGUCAACAUCCACUAGCAGCUCCCCAGCCAGCUCUCAGUCUAAGAAGAAGAUCUUUAAGCCGGAGGAGCUGCGUCAGGCUCUGAUGCCCACGCUGGAAGCUUUGUACCGGCAGGACCCUGAGUCCCUGCCCUUCCGUCAGCCGGUGGACCCCCAGUUACUGGGAAUACCCGUACGUAUUCGAACUAGUAACAAAACUAACCUGGACUACUUUGAUAUUGUGAAGAACCCCAUGGACCUGUCAACCAUCAAGAGGAAGCUGGACACAGGACAAUACCAGGAGCCGUGGCAAUAUGUCGACGAUAUCUGGCUGAUGUUCAACAACGCCUGGCUCUACAACCGCAAGACGUCACGUGUGUACAAGUACUGCUCCAAGCUGGCUGAGGUGUUUGAGUCUGAGAUCGACCCUGUCAUGCAGGGCCUGGGAUACUGUUGUGGGAGGAAGUUUGAAUUUUCCCCUCAAACUCUAUGCUGCUAUGGAAAACAAUUAUGCACCAUCCAACGUGAUGCUGCGUACUUUAGCUACCAGAACAGUUCACCAAAAUAUGGGCUUCUUGCUGACAGGUACCACUUCUGUGAGAAGUGUUUCAACGAAAUCCAGGGCGAGUGCGUUUCCCUGGGGGACGACCCCUCUCAGCCUCAGACGUCUAUCAACAAAGACCAGUUCCAACGAAAGAAGAACGACACACUUGAUCCCGAGUUGCUUGUGGAAUGUAUUGACUGCGGUCGUAAAAUGCACCAGAUCUGUGUCCUGCAUCAUGAAACCAUAUGGCCUUCAGGCUUCACAUGUGACAACUGCCUCAAAAAGGCAAACAAGACACGGAAAGAGAACAAAUACGCAGCUAAAAGACUUCCCCAGACCAAGCUGGGGGGCUAUUUGGAGAUGCGCGUGAACGACUACCUCAAGCGACAGUGCCACCCCGAAUCUGGCGAUAUCACCAUCCGAGUCGUCCAUGUCUCGGACAAGGUGGUUGAGGUCAAGCCAGGCAUGAAGUCCAGAUUUGUGGACAGUGGAGAAAUGUCGGAGUCCUUCCCCUACAGGAUGAAAGCCUUGUUUGCAUUCGAAGACAUCGACGGAGCAGACGUGUGUUUUUUCGGCAUGCAUGUUCAAGAGUACGGCUCCGACUGCCCGCCUCCCAAUCAGAGACGAGUGUACAUCUCUUACCUGGACAGCGUGCACUUCUUCAAACCUCGACACCUCAGGACAGCUGUCUACCAUGAGAUCCUGCUUGGCUACCUGGAGUAUGUCAAGAGGCAGGGGUUUACAACGGGUCAUAUCUGGGCCUGUCCACCCAGUGAAGGGGAUGAUUACAUCUUUCACUGCCAUCCGUCGGACCAGAAGAUCCCCAAGCCAAAGCGCCUGCAGGAGUGGUACAAGAAGAUGCUGGACAAGGCUGUGUCUGAGCGCAUUGUCCAUGAUUACAAGGAUGUUUUCAAGCAAGCGACAGAGGACCGGCUGACCAGCCCCAAGGAGCUGCCAUAUUUUGAGGGCGACUUCUGGCCAAACGUGCUGGAGGAGAGCAUCAAGGAGCUGGAGCAGGAGGAGGAGGAGAGGAAGAGAGAGGAGAACAGUACCUCCACUGAGAGCACAGAUGCUACAAAAGGAGACAGCAAGAAUGCCAAAAAGAAGAACAAUAAAAAGACGAGCAAGAACAAGAGCAGCUUGAGCCGAGCCAACAAGAAGAAACCGGGGAUGCCCAAUGUUUCCAAUGACCUUUCUCAGAAACUCUACGCUACCAUGGAGAAACAUAAGGAGGUUUUCUUUGUCAUCCGCCUCAUUGCCGGACCCACAGCCAACUCCCUGCCCCCCAUCACUGACGUAGACCCGCUGAUGGCCUGUGACCUGAUGGAUGGCCGCGACGCCUUCCUGACUCUGGCCAGGGACAAGCACCUGGAGUUCAGCUCUCUGAGGAGGUCCAUGUGGAGCUCCAUGUGUAUGUUGGUGGAGCUGCACAACCAGAGCCAGGACCGCUUCGUUUACACUUGCAAUGAGUGUAAACACCAUGUGGAGACCCGCUUCCACUGCACCGUCUGCGAGGACUAUGACUUGUGCAUCACCUGCUACAACAUUAAAGGUCAUGAGCACAAGAUGGAUAAACUGGGGCUUGGGCUGGAUGACGACAGCAACAACCAGUCAGCAGCAGCUACUCAGAGCCCUGGAGACUCCCGUCGUCUAAGCAUCCAGCGGUGUAUUCAGUCGCUGGUCCAUGCGUGCCAGUGCCGCAACGCCAACUGCUCUCUGCCGUCCUGCCAGAAGAUGAAGCGUGUUGUUCAGCACACAAAAGGCUGCAAGCGCAAGACGAAUGGUGGCUGCCCCAUCUGCAAGCAGCUCAUUGCUCUGUGCUGCUACCAUGCUAAACACUGUCAAGAGAACAAAUGUCCAGUCCCGUUCUGUCUGAACAUCAAGCAAAAGCUGCGGCAGCAGCAGCUACAGCACAGGCUCCAGCAGGCACAAAUGUUAAGGAGAAGAAUGGCCAGCAUGCAGAGGGUCGGGCAGCCCGCUGGUGGGCCACCCGGAGGACCUGUUGUUGGACUUCCAUCACCAGGGAACAAUGGUAGCACAGCACCAAGUACCCCUACGUCUGGAGGAACCCAGCCCCCAACUCCCCAGACACCAACUCAGACCAUGCCUCCAGUCCCGCAACAGGGAAUGGGUCCAGGACCUGGAGUCCAGCAACAGCAGCAAGGUGGGAUGCCCUCACAAAGUGGCAUGCCUCCUCAACACCCCCUUCACCACCAGUUUCAGCAGAUGGCGACGGCCGGAGGUGGUGGGGCUGGUGGGAUAAUGAGUUCUCCCCAACAUCAGCAGCAGAUGCUUCAAGUCCAACAACAACAACAACAGCAGCAGCAGCAGCAGCAGCAUAGUGGAGCAGGGACCAACCCUCAACAAAUCCAACAGCACCCGAACAAUUUGCCUCCAUAUGCCAGCAGACCUCCAGGCUCCUCCCCAAUCCAUCAGUCCCAGGGCAAACCAGUUCUUGGGUCUGCAACACCUCCCCAGCCACAGCCUGGUGGCACUGUCAUGGCUGGAAGUAUUGGGGGCCAGCAACCUCCUAACCAGCCCCAGGCCCAGCCUCCCCUUUCACAGCAGCAACAGCAGCCUCCUUCUGGGCCUCCACCGGCAGCAGUAGAAAUCGCCAUGAAGAUCCAACAGGUAGCUGAUGCUCAGAGAAAGAUGGCUCUGCAACGACAAGCCGCCCAGGCAGCUGCAGGCUUGAUGCCUCCUCACCCGCACCAUCAACAGGGUCAAGGUCAACAGAUGGCCAUGGGACACCCAGGGGCAGUAGGGAUGGUUGGACCUCAGGGCAUGCCACAACAGACGGCCGCAGUGGCAGCUGCUCGUGCCCACAUGGAUCAACAACAAAGCGCUGCACCAGGCAUGAUGGUUGGUCCUGGGGGGCCCAUGCAGCAAACCCCUCAGCAGGGUAACCUACCCCAGGGCCCACUCCCCCCUCAAAUGCAGCAGAGGAUGGGUGCACCACUUCAAAACCCUCAGCAGCAGCAGCAGCAACAGCAGUGGGCAGCCCAGGGGAUGCCACCCCAGCAGAGACAAGCUAUGAUGAACCAAAUGAGCCAUCCAGCCAUGAUGGCAGCUCAGCAGCAGCAAAUUCAACAACAGCAGCAACAACAACAACAACACCAACAACAACAACAACAGCAGCAGCAGCAGCAGCAGCAACAGCAACAACAGCAGCAGCAGCAGCAGCAACAACAGCAGCAGCACCACCAACAAGCUCAGGGCCAUGCUGCCUUGAUAAACAUGGCACAGCAGCAAGGUGCCGGUGUCCCAGGGGGAGCUGUCCCUGGAGCUACUGGUGUCAGCAUCCCCCAGGCUGCCCUCCAAGACCUGUUACGGACUCUCCGCUCGCCUAGCUCACCGAUCCAGCAGCAGCAAGUCCUCAACAUCUUGCGGUCUAAUCCACAGCUCAUGGCUGCUUUUAUUAAGCAGAGGGCUUCAAAAUACAAGGGGGUGCAGGGGGCUCCAGGUGGACCGGGUGUCGUGCCGGGAGGUCCUGGACCCACAGGGGGUCCUGUUGGUAAUGUCAUGGCAGGAGGGGGACCACAGGUGAACAUGAAUUCUGCAGGCUCCGGUCAGCCUGGGAUGCAUAUGGCAGGUCAGGGAGGGACGAAUGUCAACAUGGCCACUAUGGCCCAGCUACAGCAGCAGCAGCAACAGCAGCUGCAACAGCAGCAGCAACAGCAACUUCAGCAACAACAGUUACAACAGCAACAGCAGUUACAACAGCAACAGCAGUUACAACAGCAACAACAGUUACAACAGCAGCAACAGUUACAACAGCAGCAACAGAGGCCAAUGCUCAGUAGUUUACAACAACAACAAGUGGCAGCUCUGCAGCAGCAACAACAGCAACAACAACAACAACAACAACAACAACAACAGCAGCAGCAGCAACAACAACAGCAACAGCAGCAGCAGCAGCAGCAAGGGGGAGGAAGGGGUAUGCAUGGCCAGGGGCCACAGAUGGGAAAUCUCAACACUACCCAGUUUAGAGAGAUGCUCAUGAGGAGGCAUCUCCAGCAGCAGCAACAACAACAACAACAGCAACAGCAGCAGCAGCAGCAGCAACAAAUGGGAGUAAAUCACGGUCAGUUCCAGCAGCCACAACCACCACAGGGGCAGAGCUACAUGGGACAGUCUGGGAUGCAGCCUCCAACAGGGGGACAGGGCCAGCCUGGAGGUCCUCCUCAUGGCGCCCAGCAGCCUGGUGGUCCCCCAGGCCAGCAGGGGCAAGGUUACCCAGGAUCUGUGGCCCAGCAGCAAGCUACAGCUGCACUGCAGCAUAGGCUCCAGCACCAGCACCACCUCCAGAUGCAGCAGCAGAAUGCCAUGGCUGGUCUGCCAGGGGGCGAUGCAGGGCCAGGUGUGGGAGGUCCUCAGCAGCCAUCUCAAGGCCCUCAGCCCACUCAAGGUGGCCCUCCAUCUUCUCAAGCUCUGCUACAACAGGCCCUCCACCAGAGGCUGCUCCAGCAGCAGCAGCAGCAUCUUGGCCCCGGCGGGUCACCGGCCCAGCACAGCAAUCCCAUGAGUCCUCAGCAGCCGCAGCAGAUGGCCCAGUCCCCGCACCUGCAGGGCCAGACAAUGCCCACAUCGCUGGCUAACCAGGUGCGAUCUCCACAGCCCUCCCCCAGACCUCAGUCCCAGCCACCGCACUCCAGCCCGUCCCCGCGCAUGCAGCCCCAGCCCUCCCCACAUCACAUCUCUCCUCAGAUGCAGACGGGUUCUCCUCACCCAGGCCAUCUGAACCAGCACCACCCAGGCAUGGGGGUCCCUCCACAACAACAGCAGCAACAGAACUCUAUGGAGCAGUUUGGGUCGGACCAGAGCGCCAUGUUAUCUCAGCUGAGUGGCAUGGCCGGUCUCCACGGACCAGGGGGAAACAGUCAGGACCCACUGGGCCAGAAUAUGAAUCACAACCCUUUAGACAUCAUGUAGGAAUUCUACUAACGUGUCAUGUUGAGCUGAAAUGCUCCGUGAUUCUUCGCACAAACUGCACUCACCCAGGACAGUGUUAUUGUUAUUACUUAGCCUUUCUUUUUUAUACUAUUAUUAAAUGUUAUUUAAAAUGUUUUCAAUAAAGAUGCAUUGAACUGAACUUCCUAUGGGAGAUGAACAAUAAAUCAAGCAGUCGUUAAAUGAAUUAGAAUAAAUGAAUUGUAAGUUAUUGCUGUUAAUAUAUUUUUUUGCCAAUCGUGGACAGAGAGGGGGGGCGGUUUCUCGAGCAGCCUCCUCACCUCCACAUCUUGCUGAAUAGAAGAAAGGUCAUAUUUUCGGGGGUAAAUAGGAGAACUUGCCUUUUUUAAGAAAUGUUUUUAAGGUUUUAAACGUGGUCAAGAUUAAAGAGGAAAUGAUUUAAUGCAAAGAACUUUUUUAUCGGUUUUGUUUCCCAUCAUUCAGUCUGUCUAUUUCUGUUUUGCAGAGUGAUGUGGAUUAUUAUUAUUAAUAUUAUUAUUGUAAAUCCAAACAUGAUGCAUAUCCUCCUUUUCAAAUGUUUGGGUUUGCUUUAUUUAUUGUUUUCUCUAAAGGGGGUGGGGCGGGGGUGUUAUGUACCCUGAGACUGCUUAAAUUUGUAUAGAAAUAUAUUUUUGUUAUUGACUGUCGGGAGGGGCGGGGGGGGGGGCGUUAGUUCUUGUUUCACUUCGCUGUAGCCGUCUUUAGUUGGGUCUGUCCAGGUGGGGGAGAAAGAAAUGUCAGUGUUUUAUCGCAGCGGUUGAGGGUCUGCUGUGAGUUUGAGAUGUUGAGCGGACACAUCGUGGCGUCUCCACCAGCCUCUGCGUUGGACAUCGGCCAUGCUGGAAGGGACUAAUCCCUCGCAAACAUGCAAGCCCUCUCCCUCGAAUGUGUGUGCACUCCUUCCUUUUUAAAGACACUUAAUAUGGAGCAGUGGAGGCUUGGGGAGGGGGGGUGCAUACCUGUGUGCCUGUAACAUUUUGAGUACAUGAGCUGGGACAUGGAGAAAAGAAACUGGGUGGGGUGGGCUCCUUUUAGUGUUUUUAGGAUUCUACUGUUUGGAGUAAACAGAAGAUUUUGAUCCAAAUGAACUGUGUUGCACAGAAAUGAGGAGAAAGUCUCCGUGUCUUUCUGCCUCGGCCCCGUUGCUGCUUCCCUCGGACUUUAAAUCCCCUCCCUCCCUCCCUCCCUCUUCUACGAGAAAGUUGAUCUCCCUUCCUCCUCAACUCCAUCUUUAUCUUUCUGAACUUUGGGAUUUUAAUUUAAUAUUUUUUACUGUACAAAGAAACACAAACUGU